AUGGGUCGCGACCUAAAUGAAUAUCUCCUUCUUUUGCAACAACUGAAGUCUUACAGUAAUGUUCCAAAUGAGUUGAUAUAUUCCUUGCGGUCUUACACCACUUUAGUAUACGGGUCGGAUCUGCAAAACAGGUUCAGUGAACCUAUGCCAUGGAUUGGGAUAUAUAUCGCCUUAGCAUCUCUGUUUUGCGUCAUUGCAAUGGUGGCUGAUUUAUUACACGGAUUAAGGAACAGAAAGCUAUGGUUUCCUUGCAAAUAUUUCACACUGAAUGCUGCUUCUCUCUCUUUAAUAGCUAUUGCAAUGAAGCUACCUGUGGAUUUAAAUAACUCAAUGCCAGGUGAUGUCGACCAGGCUGCAAAGGUUGGAAGCAUGGGAUUUAUGUGCGCCAUGAUGUCUCAUUUAUUGCCUGCUCUAGCAACCUUGGACAGCAAGGAGCUUGUCACAAACAUCAUAGCUCUAAGUGUUCUGGUAAUCACCUUAGUUGUGAAUGUAUGCAUUCAAAUAGAAACGGGUGUUGUUUCCAGUACUGAUGUUCUGUACGUGUUAGCUUUAGCGAUUCUAAAGUCCAAACAGAUACUAGAAAUGAAAUACCAAGCAGCUCAUGAAACAGCUUUAAAAGACCAAGAGCUUCAACAACAAGGAAGAUUAGUUGUUGAUAAGAUAAAGCAGUAUGUGAGCAACUACUGGGUCAUGGCAGCUACAGGCAAUCCGGAGUUCUUCACAGCUUGUUCCGCUACAAGUUGUGCUUCUGGGAUCAUAUCUGCUAUAAGCACUGCUCUCCACGUUAUUGUUAUGGUUUCCAUUGUUGGGUCGCUAUGGGACUUUAGGUCGGAUUACCAGUGGUCAGCGUUGGUGAUUCUCAUAACCCAGUUAAUCGGAUCCUUGGUGGGUACUAUGGCCCCACUUUCUAGAUGUUUUGCAACCUUAAGUUUUAAGUUGUCCAUAAAAUGGAUUUGGAACAAUGUGAACGUCUUUAAAGUGGAGAGCUACUGGACUCAGACGUUAUCUGAUUGGAAAGAGAGUACGAUACCAUUCCUACCUUGUAGCCGCAAAUUCAAGAUUUUUGUCGAAAAUACGAAAGUCAUCGUCCUCAGCUUUUGUAUAGGAUUUCAGAAGACAGUAGUGGUAACAUGCAAGAUCAUAGGCCUCAUCCCAAUUUUCAUAGUGAUCUGUAUCUUUAAUUGUUCGUGCUGCUGGAAAUGGUUGAAAUCAAAGUUUAAUGCAUUCGGUAUCGUGUUAAUAAAAGAGCCUGAGCAACAUGAAACAAAUAAAAUUCUUAGCAAUUAUGUUUUGCAACUUCAAGAGGAUGCAGAGCUUGCUGAAAGAACGCUGAAAAGGAUUUCAUACUCUUUCGAACGCAUUGUAGAGAAGGCCGAGAAACAACCACCCUACAAUCUUAUGAAACUUCUAGAGGGAUAUAGAGGUUUUGGAAGAGCUGAAAAGUUUGAUAGCCAUCAUGUUCUAUCUUUGCUUUUAGAAGAGUCUCCCGAUUGCUGGAGCCUACUGUUGGUAACCCUGAUAACCAUAGCCAUCUCUCUUCCUAACAUAACAAAAGAUAGAGUUGAUUGUCUGCUAAGUGGUGUGAGUGAAGGUAUGGUAUAUGUCACAAUUGUGGAAGAAAGCCUCAAUGCUACUGACGACCAUGUGAUCUUUCAAAAGGCUGCUCAAACUUUGUGGUUAGAAGUUGAGAUCUACCAGAAAUGGUUAGGAAACAAGCUGCAAAAACCUGUUCCUCUAGCGAAUACAGCUGGACAGAUUCUUCUGUGGUUGAGGGAUACAGCUAUGAACAUGGUCACUCAGGUGGAAAGUAGCGACACUAAAGGCCAAAAUGACAGUUCCAAAUUCUGGUCUAUUUCUGCGAGUUCAAUGUAUCGUAUCACGGAAAUGAUCCUUCUUUCCAACCAUGCUAACAUUGAUAAGGUUAGCCAAGAGGAACUGUUUGAGCAAUUAUCAUCGAUGAUCGUGGACGUAUUGGUUGCUUGUCUCAUGAACUUACCGCAAGUCAUAGCAAUGAAAUGCCACUCGAGUGAAAUAGAGAAAAGGGAGGCAAGCGUCUAUGCUGCAGCCCAACUUCUAGGUGAGACUAUGCAAAUAAUCAACGCCAUUCAAGAUAGUGAACUUCCAAGCUUGAAUCUAGACGACUUAGUUAUUAUUGUUAACAAAUGGGGUGCUUAGUUAAAGCAUCCCUUUACUUAAAAAACCAUUUUUGUCGUGUAACCAAGUAAGUUGAUAAAGA